UGUAUAUGUGUAACGUAUAUAUGUAUUUGUGUUUUUUUUUAAUUGAAUUUUAUGGCUUAAUGUUUUAAAUGAUUUUGCAUGCAAUUCAUAUUAUUCCUUUCAAAGAUGAUGUACCACAUUGUUGAUUUUGUGGACACGGGAGACACAGAAGUUGUUCCAGCCUCAUGGGUUCAUAAUGGAAGAAGCUUCUGGCCUCCCUAUAAAGCAAGGGAGCAAUGCAACCGGGCCAUAGCGAGAGCAGACCCUCCCAAGGAAUUCUGGGAAAAGUAUAACAUCCGCAUAAGGGCAACUAAAGAUACAUUUAGUGAGGCGCGACUUCUGCUCCCAAAGGCCCUGCUUACGUCAGAUCUUCAAACCGAAGAUGAAGAGGAUCAACGUCCAGCAUACAAGAGGCGGAAGAGAAGAGGCAUGAACAGAAUCUUUGAGUCAGAGAGUGACCAAGAUGACAAUGACGGCAGCAAUGAGGCAACCCGAGGGAAACGCACCAGAGCUCCAUUGGCCUUACCAACUGCUCCAACCAUUGGUCCUCCAGCUGUCACCAGUAGUGAACAGCCCAGAGGAAACCACACCAGGGCUCAAUUGGCCUUACCAGCUGCUCCAACCAUUGUUCCUCCGGCUGUCAUCACGCCAGCAAUUUUGCCUCCAACUCCCUCCAGACCAGAACUUUCUCCUUCAAGUUUCCAAAAUGCAGCAACCCCUCGUGUGCCCAGGGUAAACGACCAACUGAUGUGUGAGCCAAUUCUACGGGAGAUAUUAACAACAAUGGAGACCAUUAAGCAGCAACAGCAGAUUAUUUUGCUACAGUUGCAAAAUAAUCUUCGAAAGCCUAUAGAGGUGCCAGAGGUUACUGGAAUUCCUCUGAAAACACUGGAAGAACUCCUGAACCUUGAGCAGUCCGUUGCUGCACAGGGGGAACACAAACAAAAACUGGUCACCUACUUUGGUCUGGCAGGGGGCUUAACAAUAAAGGAAACAGUUUGGCGAAUAAUGGCUAAACUGAUGACGAACCAGCUGGCCAAGCAAAUCAACUGGCGUGGAGUACAUGGGAAAUAUGGUUUUGAGCAGCUUGUCCUAAAAGAUGUUGUCCUCAAAUCAGUGCGGCAAAAUUCUGCAACUGCAAGCGCACCAGAUGGAGAAAUUGAAAAGUACAUAAAAAGGUGGUUGCAGCUGGCAUCGGACAGGGAUGGAGGAAGAAGGGAACGGGCCAUGAAACAAGCAAAUUCUUAGUAGGGUACACUAAAGGUCCACUGGUCCACAAGGAUGUUUUGGGCAGUGAGAGUUGUUCUUUUUUUGGAUCUGUUUAUUGAUCUGUUCUGUUUUUGAUCUUUUUUUUUAUCAUCAAUGUAAAAUACUGCUGCACAUUUAGAAUAAAGUUUUAAUGUAUUUGA